AUGGCUGUUCAGAGGCGUCGGGAGCCCCACGGGGCUGUCGGGCAGUGCCCUGCCGUGGCUGCGGCUUGCCUCCCCCUGGGCCGGCCGCGGCUGUCAGCGGGGGGAAGCAGCGUGCUCCCGGACGGCUCUGAGCCCGGAGACAGACGCUGCCCUCCGGAAAGAAAGCGCCGAGGCGUGAGGGAGAGCAGACCGCGGCGGGAGGAGCCGAGAAGGGGAAGGCACAGUCCCCGCGGAAUCCCCACGCGCGGCAAAGCCGUGCGGGGAACCAACGGGGCUCAGGCGGCACGGGAGCUGCGGGGAGGCAGCGCACGGAACGGCCGUCGCUCCGGGGCCGGAGCAGCCGCUGCCGGCGCGGGCACAGCGGGCAGCCGCCGCCACCGCGGGGCUCCAGGCUCCGGCGCCGCUGCUCGCAGCCGCCCCGCGGCUCCGCGGUCCCCGGAGGAAGCCGCCCCGGGCCCUCCUCUCCCAUCGCCUCCCCGCGCCGGAGCGAGCGAGGCCGGGCCCGGCCCGCGGCUCCGCGUCUCCACGGCGACCCCGGAAGCGGCGGCCAUUGGGCGGGAGGCCGGAAGCGGAAGGGCGCUGGGCGCGGCGGGGCCCGCGCGGGCGCGGCGGGACGCGCUGCAGGACGCGCUGCGGGAGGAGCUGCUGCUGAGCCCGCUGCCCGACGGGGACGUGGCCGCCACCUUCCAGUUCCGCACGCGCUGGGACGCCGACCUGCAGCGCGGCGCCGUCUCUCACUACAGGCUCUUCCCGAAGGCGCUGGGCCGGCUGGCGGCCGCGCUGGGCGUGCGGGAGCUGCACCUCGCCCUCACACAAGGCUUCUGGCGCACCCGCGCCUGGGGGCAGCCGCCCCUCCAGGCACCCGCCGGCGCCGAGCUCUGGGUCUGGUUCCAGCCCACCGUCACCGAUGUUGACAAAGCCUGGAAAGAACUGAGUAACAUCCUCUCAGGAAUAUUCUGUGCUUCUCUCAACUUCAUUGACUCGACCAACACAGUCACUCCAACAGCAUCCUUCAAACCUCUAGGCUUAGCCAACGGCACAGACCACCGUCUCUUGCGAUACGCCGUCCUGCCCCGGGAGGUCGUCUGCACUGAGAACCUCACGCCCUGGAAGAAGCUGCUGCCCUGUGGCUCAAAGGCUGGACUUGCUGUGCUGCUGAAGGCCGAGCGCCUGUUCCACAGCAGCUACCACUCACAGGCAGUGCACAUCCGCCCCAUCUGCAGGGAUGCCUCCUGCCUGGCUGUGUCCUGGGAGCUCAGACAGACCCUCACUGUGGUCUUUGACACCUUUUCCAGUGGCCAAGGAAAGAAGGACUGGUCCCUGUUUAAGAUGUUCUCUCGCACGCUCACUGACGCCUGUCCUCUGGCAUUGCAGAGCAAAGUCUACGUUGACAUCUCCCCCAAGAACAAGGAGAAGGAAUUGCUGGAAGUGACCCCCGCUCCGACAUCUGUACACGAAGCCAUUGUCCAGGGCGACAAGAGAACUUACGCUGUGUAUGACCUGCUGAGCCCCUCGCUCUUCAAUACAUCUCGCAGCCUCAACGUGCAGCUGAAGUGGAAGCGACCCCAGGACAGCUCGGAACUGCCGACCCCCGUGCUCCACGCCCAGCGCUACGUGAGUGGCUACGGGCUGCAGGCCGGAGAGAUCAGCACUCUCAUCUACAACACCCACCCCUACCGGGCCUUCCCCGUGCUCCUGCUGGAGACUGUGCCCUGGUACCUGCGACUCUAUGUGCACACUCUGACUAUCAUCACAAAGGGGAAGGAAAACAAGCCAAGUUACAUCCACUACCAGCCAGCCCAGGACCGCAGACGGCCUCACCUCUUGGAAAUGCUGAUCCAGCUGCCUGCCAGCUCUGUAACUAAGAUCACAAUCCAGUUUGAGAGAGCCUUACUGAAGUGGACAGAGUACACACCAGACCCCAAUCACGGCUUUUAUGUCAGCUCAUCUGUGCUUAGUGCCCUGGUGCCCAGUGUCAUUGCGAUGAAGGAUGUGGACAUGGAGCAGAGUCCGCUGUUCACCUCGCUGUUUCCCUCCUCCGAUGGCUCCAGCUACUUUGUGCGCCUCUACACAGAGCCGCUGCUGGUGAACUUGCCGACGCCAGACUUCAGCAUGCCCUACAACGUCAUCUGCCUCACCUGCACCGUGGUGGCUGUGUGCUACGGCUCCUUCUACAACCUGCUCACCAGAACGUUUCACGUGGAAGAGCCAAACCGGGGCGGGCUGGCCAAGCGACUGGCCAACGUCAUCCGCAGGUUCCGGGGGGUGCCUCCGCUCUGAGAGAAGCCAGGGCAGCCCUGGGGCUGAGCCAGGGAGCACAGCACAGCACUGCUGCCUCUUGUCUUUGCUGGAAGUAGCCUGCCCCGUUUUGCUGCCUGGAUCACUCUUGGGGAUCCAACAAGCUGAGAGAUCACUUCCAUCAGUAAGAUGAGGAAAGGCUUUAAGCCUGUUGACUACUGAACUGCACUGCUGUGGGAUAGGGAAAAGGUAUAAGACUUCUUUUUGGGAAAGGGUAACUUAUGGGCUGGGAAUGAUGCUGGCAGUAAACUUGAGCUGUUUUGUA